AGUUCUAAUUAACAGUUAAGAUUACUUUUAUAUUUAAUUUUUAUAUUAUAGCUGGCAUGGUGUUGUCAUGGGAUACUCCAAGACUUGUCAAACCUGGUGAAUUUCCUUACAUAGUUGGAAUAAUGUGGAAACAAAACGAAAUAGCUAUCCACUUUACUUCGUGUGCCGGCGCUAUUCUUAACGAAUUUUGGUAUUUAACAUCUGGUUUUUGUACUACCUUCAUGCCAACUAUGGAUUGUCUUGUUAUCAAAGCUGGUAGCUAUAAUAUUGCUACAAGUGCCGAACAUGAUCAGAUUAUUAAAAUAGCAAAUAUUAUUGUUUUCGAAAAAUAUUCAAGAUUAGUAAGACAAUUCCAAAAUCAAACAAACCUAGCAUAUAAUGAUAUUGGUUUGAUCAAAGGACAAUCGGCUCUGACAUUCAACGAUUUUGUAAAACCAAUUAAAUUACCUGAAUCCAAGACUUUUUAUAGCAAUCAGAAAUCAGAGUAUAAUUCGAUAGCAAGCGGUUGGGGAUUAUUUCCGCAUACCAUGGUAUCUGAGCAACAAACAACAAUGCGUUCCAUACGUUUGCCUAUAGUACAUAAUAAAGUCUGUCAACACGCACUCAGAAACCUUUUUCCUGGAUUCACAAUGUCCGAUCACCAAAUGUGUACCAGACCUCUUGAUGGAUCGAUUGGAGCCUGUAUUGCUAAUCAUGGAGGACCCCUUGUUCAAUAUGAUAAAGACAAUAAACCUAUAGUAAUUGGUGUUGUGAGCUGGAGUUCAUUACCCUGCACUACAAAUAAUUUGCCACCAGUUUAUGUACGAGUUUCUCAUUUCGUCAAUUGGAUAAAAAGAAAAACAAAAAUCUAA